AUGCAAAUCAAAAGCGUGGAAGCCUUAAAAUCUUGGCUUACAACUCGUUUGGAGUCAGUGUAAGUAUAUAUUCAGAGGAAAGCCGAACUGUAUUUCGUAGACAUACUAAAUACUAACAUUAACGACUCGUGCAUGAUCGCUCAAAAUUGAUAAAACUGUACGAUAGAUGCCUUCGAUGGGAACCUGGUUAUUAAGUCAUUUCAGAGUUGAUUUGUCUCGCUGAUGUUCAAUUUCUAUGAAGUAUUGCUAACAUUAUUAGGCAAUCUUUUGACGUUUAUUAGAGAUUAGACAUAAGGUUUCUUUCUGUUGUCAUCAAUAACUUAAUUAGUUUUGUAAAUUCUCUGACCUCUAAGCGUGAUUAGCAUCCAAUUUCUCCCUACAAUACCACCCCUGAAACACACAUUUUGUUCACAAGACUAAAGAUGAUUACCAACCAGAGAAGUUAUUGAUUGUUAAACAUUUUCUCCUUCUCGGCACCCUUGGAAAUGUAUAUAAACAGUUUUUUUUCAGUAUGGAGAUUAUGCAUACUGACAAGUGGGUUUUUACUAAAGGGUUAAUGGUAAGUUAUUGUGUAAUUCAGAAAGCCUUACCUUGUUCAAAAAUGAAAGAUUACUAAUGAUUAGAAGAUCAAAAACAUAUUUUUUUUCUGCUUUAACCUGAUCUUAAGAUUGACUUUUGGUAAGAUUUCCAUACAGCUCCUACUAAUUCUGCAUGCAGUUCUUGGAUAAGGAAAGCAGUGGCCAAAACAGCAGAUUGUCUAAUGUACUAUGGCUUUGUUUUAGCAUAGUAUGUGGUUAUACAGAAAUCUUUCCUAAUUUUUUAUGCCAUUAUCUUAGUAGUCUUAUGGGACAUCUAAUAAAUUGAAAAUUUGACUUAAUAUUGAAAAUGGGACAAAAGCAUUCCUCUGUGGUUUCUUAGGAUGAAUCAGCAUGCUGUUAACCCUUUAACCCCCAGAUCAAAUUUGUAAUUCUCCUUACUGUCAACCAUACAGUUCUUAUAAUGUUAGUUCAGAGAAUUUUGUAUUGGAUCAACUAAUUAUCACCAAAUUUAUAUUUUUCUCUAUUCUCAUCACUAAUCUAGAUGAUAUUGUAUUGAUAUAAUAAGGAGAAAUUCUGUCUUGGUCACUCAUGGGAGUUAAAGGAUUAAGUGAUAUAAAUACAACCUUAAUUUGUACCAGUUGGCAGAAAUUUAUUUGGUUUUAUGACAUAACCUUUGGUUUAUUACAAUUUCUCUCUUUAUAAAUGUUUCAGUUGUGAUGCUGAUCCAGCGGCUCUGGCCAAGUAUGUUGUUGCUUUAGUGAAAAAAGACAAGCCUACAGAAGAACUCAAAGACAUUUGUGUGGACCAGUUAGAAGUUUUCCUGUCUGGAGGUAAGAUUCUCACAACUUGAUAUGGAAAAGGUUGAUACUCCUAACAAUUCGAAUAGAUAAUUUUAUACAUUUUUUACAGUACCUGUCAAAUGAGACCACUUCUUUUUUUCAGAAACUGGUACUUUUGUGAACACGCUGUUUGAAGCUCUUGCCACUUCCUCUUACAUUCCUCAACCACUUGCUGAACCAAAUCCUGCACCAAUUGCUAGCUCUGCUCCUCUGCCAAAAGCUGUUCCUUCACAGUCAGCCCCUAACUCAACUACACCACAGGAAAAACCUAGGAAGUCAUCAAUAUCAGAGGACUCACGAGUUCUAACAGAGGUAAUUAAAUGUCUCAUGUGACCUUCGUGCUCAACCCUUUAACUCCCAAGAUCUGAUUGUUAAUUCUCCCCUCUAGCUGCUACACAUUUCCUUGUGAAUUAGAUACAAGAAUUUGGUGUUCAAGAUAACAACUUCUACCUGAUAAGUUUGAGUAUUCUUAUUACUAGGUUACUGGAUAAUGUAUAGAUGUUUAUUAUAAGGAGAAGUUACAUGUUAAUCACUUCUGGGAGUUUAAGGGUCAAAAUUGUGAUCAACAUUGUGAAUGUAAUUGCUAAUGGAUUUGUGUAUAAGCUAUUGAAUAUUUUAAUAGCUGACUUAACCCUUUCAUUCCCAGGAGUGACCAAGACAGAAUUUCUCAUUACAAUUUCAAUACAAUAUCUAACAGACAAGUGAUGAGAAUAAAAACAAUAUUAAUGGCAGAUAGUAGGGAGUGAGAAUUACUGAUAAAUCUUGGGAGUGCAAGGGUUAAGAAAGUUUGUUAAGGGUGAUUGACAAAAUCUUCAUUUCAAGUCUAGAUUUGACUGAGUAAAAUACCUUAUUUUUCAGUUUAUACUUCUGUAAUUAAAUUUGGUGUUAGUUUUUUCAUGUAUUUGGUAUCAACACUUGAUUUUGGGAUGGGUAGAAUAAGGCCUGAAGGACUUUUGAUGCCCAAUCACAUGCACAAUCUCCUUGGGUAUCAAAAUGGAAUAAAGUACAAUCUUGAGAGGAAAAUGUCAGUAGUAGUUCAUCAGAAGUCAUCUCUUCAAUUCCAGCCUUCAGUAUUAGAUGAUGAUGACAGAGAUUUUAAGAGAACAAGGAGAACCACAGAUUCUAGUGACAAAAUUACCAGCUCUGUGGUGUCCAGCAGUGGUGACAGAUCUCGUAAGCGAAGGGGUGAUGAUGAAAGCAGAUUCAGGGGUGACUACUCAAAGUUUGCAAAAGAGGAAUCUGGUGGAAUACGACAUGGAGAUUCUGAAUCUCAUGAUGAUCAGGGCUCCAGAAGUAAAUCUGAUGGUGCACAUUAUGACAAUGCAACUUAUCCUAUUCCGAGUGCCAUGCAUCGUGAACGAAGUAACAAGCAUUUGGAUGGCCAGGAUGGGUUAAUGCAAUCUGGCUUUAUGAACUCUCAUGAUGAAUCAAGAGGAAGGCGUGGCAGUCCCUCUUGGGAUCGAAGAGGUGGUAGGAUGGGGAGAGGACGAUACAGAGAUAACAGAUUUAGAGAUGACCGCUUGAGACAUGGACGAGAAGAAAGAGAGAGAAGUGGUUCCAGAAAGUCUCGUUGUAGAGAUUAUGAUGGUAUGAAUUCAUUUUUUUUUUUUUUUCCUGGAAAAAAUUUGUGGCUGUCCUCUUUUACAUUGUGGGAAUGCUAAGGUAUAAAGGUUAAUGCACUUGACUCUUGGUCAAGACCUUGCCAGGUCAUUGUGUUGUGUACCUGAGCAAGGCCCUUUGACCCCAAGGGUGACUAGCAUCUAAUUUCUCCUUACAAUAUCACCCUUGAAUCAAACAUUGAGGUCAUGAGAAUAGAUGAAAUGAUCGCCAACUAAGGCAGCUCUUGAUUAUUAAACAAAUUCUCCUUGUCAGCACCUUGGGAAAUGUAUAGUGAAUAGUGUGCAGAACAUGGAUACUGAUAUUAGGGAGUGAAGGGUUAACUCUUAUGGUAUCUUUUUCCCCCUUGAGUAGAAACAGGUACAAUGUACUAGCAAACUGUUGGGAGAGUAUGACAUAAUAAACAAAUAUAUGAAAUAGGGGGUGUGAUUUGAUUUGAAACCAAAUAUUCAUAACUAACAUUAUAAGAAAUGUUUGGCAGAGAGUAAAUUGAAGGAAUUACUUUCGAGAUCUUAGGAGUGAAACUGUGAAAGGGUUUUGAGGUUGCCUUGGAUCUGAAGUGUGGUCCUUUUUUUUUUCCUCAUAGAAAAAGGAUUUUGCAUGCGUGGGGAACUCUGCCCUUUUGAUCAUGGAAAUGAUCCAGUUGUUGUCCAAGAUGUCCUUCCCCCAGGUAUUUUAGGCUUUCCAGAUGGCCAACCCAUCCCACCUGCAACAUUACCAGGCACUGCUGGUCCAAUACCAGGGAGCUACCCUGCCCCACACCCAGCCCCACAUCCUGCCCCAAACUCACAACCCCCUCCUCCCGGCACCACUGGUCCUCUACCAAAUGAUGUUCCCAAAUCCAAAGCAAGCCAGGAAGGUCCUGACAGCACUGUUCCUGUGAGUGGUCCAAGACCAACAGCCCCAAAUAGAAUGGUUCCUCCACACAGCCAAGCCCCAGUAAUACCAAUGCCAACAGUUCACAUGAUGCCAAACCCUAUGUUAAGGCCACAGGCACCCCGUCCUCAAUUUGGUAAUCCAUUUGAAGGUAGGCCCUAACAUACUAAUUAUGGUAAUGAAAUUAUUUGAUAUUUACACCAAACUUUGCUUCUUCCUAAUUUAUCUUCCUAAUCAUGAUAAUAAUAACAAUGAGGAAAACAAAUUUUGUAAUACAGUAGUAAUGAUGAUCAAUUAUAGUGGCAAUAUAUAGCAGAAACAGUUGUAAAAAUUAUCAAAUGAUCAUCAGAAUCCAGAUGGAAGUUGCUUUAGGCAAAAAGUAAUCAGCUUAAGUCAUUGAAUUAAAUGAAAAUAUUAAGAUGUGCAUUUACCUCACUGUUCUCUUAAUUUUGAACUCUAGAUUCCUACAAUCCAGAACAGCCUCAAUUUGACAGGACACCAGUGUGGAUGAGACUUGGCAAUGGCCGUCCUCCUCACCCUAUUCCCCCUCAUGGAAUGUUUCACCCUAACAUGGGUGGUAUGAGGUCAAGGGAGCUUUUAGCAGUAACUCCAAAUCCACCUCAGCUCACUGUUCAAGGUAAAAUUUUUUCAGUUCAUAAUGGCAACUUUUUCCAUUUAUGAACUUUAUAGUUGGCCUUUGGUCAUUUUGAUUGUCAGAGCCAAGGAGACUUAUUAAUAUCCGGGGUUAUUAGUUAGGGAAGGCAGGGGUGGGGGACUUUUUUUUUUCUUUGGUUGAAAAAUGUAAAUUAUCUGAAACCAAGAAAAUGCAAUAUUUAAAGCAGAAACUGCUAGUAAAACAGGCUUUCAGAUAAAGGUAUAUUUUGAACUAAAAUGCCUUAGGUUCUGGCCUACUCAUGGCUUAAAUAUGUUUCCCAUUGCAAAGGUAUUUGCACAGCAUAUUCAUAGCAUGAUCAUCAUGCUCCUGUAUUUUUAUUUUCAAAUUUUUGUUUGGAGGAAGGGAGGAGGGCUUAUUAGAAAUAUGAAGCUCUUAACAGAAGGCUUCAUAGAGAAGGGAGAUUUCACAGAGCUUUUGAUGUAUUAGCCCUUAACACAGUAACAUCAGUCUACAUAUUCUCCAUACUGUUUGGUAUACAUCUCCAAAGGUACUGACAAUGAGAAUUUGUUUAGCAAUCUAGAGUUUCUUCUGUUGGUGAUCAUUUGCUUUAUUCUCAUGACCUUAAUGUUUGAUUCAGUGUGAUAUUGUGAGAAGAAGCUAGAUGCUGGUCACUCUUCAUGGUCAUACUGGGAUUUCUAGAUUCUAAUUAGCAGACAUUGCUGAAAAGGAAGGUUAUGUUGUGUUUUAAACCUACUCUGCCUUCAUCUUGGCCAUGUAAUGAGUUGAAAAUUGAAGCAGCUGCUCAGAUGAGGAAUCUAAAGAAGGAGGCUUACUUUUUGAUAAAAUUUGUGGUUUAUUCUCUCUGAUAGUUUCCAACAUGUCUGCCCCUGGACCAAGGAUGCCCACCAUACCUGACAGAAUAGUGAUCCACUCAGAUAAUGCCCCUAAUCCAUCUCAAGAUCACCAGCCACCAGCUCUGAAGCAACCAUCUGCUGUGCCACAGCCAAGUGUGAUUCAGGCUCCUGGCAAAAAAGAUGAAACUGCUCCAGUCAAAAGUCGACUUGGCUUUCCCAGGAAGUUUAGUGACACUCUGGAAUUGAAGAAGAUUCCUCGUGAAUUGAACAACAUUGCAAAGUUGAAUGAGCAUUUUCAACGAUUUGGAACCAUCAGGAACAUUCAGGUGAACUUAAAUACCCUUACACUCUUAGUUUCACGUCAGACAGGAACUUACUUGAGACUUAAGGCUUUGCAAUGCUAAUUGUGUCAAAUGAGGAUGGUUGCUUUUGGCAAAAAUUCACAGAUUCUGAACAAAAGUUAUCAAAUGCUUCAAAAUCUUAGGAUUUCUUUUUUUCCUAACUUGUGUGUUUACAGGUUUGUGCCUUUGGAGAUCCUGAAGCAGCACUCGUUCAGUUUUCUCAUCACCAAGAAUGUAAAGCAGCUUAUUCUUGUCCCGAUGCUGUCCUUGGCAACAGAUUUAUCAGGGUGUUUUGGCACAACCCUGACAGGAACCAGAAUAAUAAGGUAUACCAUGGCUACAUGUUCUAAUCUUUCAGAUUAUUGUACUUCCAAAGUUUUUCAAUCAGGGAAAUACUUAUUGUUGAUUGUGGGUGAUGUCUGAAUUGUGAAUUUCAGGAUGGAAAUUCAAGCAAAGAAGCCACACCAUCCAGUAACUCUGGAUCGGCAUCUGCAGAUGGGGAACCAACUGCAAAGGAGGACUCUAUUAAGGUUUGACUUGACAAAAGAUUAUCACUUGAAUUUCAGAAGGCUCAGUCAAAAUUGAACCUGACUGUCUGAGAAGGGUACAAAUUUUUAUUGAUUGACACUUAACUCUUUAACUCCCAAGAUUUGAUUGUCAAUUCUCCCUUCUACCUGCUUCACAUUUCCUUGUAAAUUAGUUACAAGAAUUUGGCAUUGAAUCAAGAUGACAACUUCUACCUGAUUAGUUUAAGAAUUCUUGUCACCUGUUUGCUGGAUAAUGUAUAGAUAUUAUAGGGAGAAGUUACACAUUAAUCACUUCAGGGAGUGAAAGGUGAAGGGCUGGUAUAAUAGGAAUCUUAAGGAAUCUCUGGGAAUCUUAAGGGUCUCUGCCAAAGGCAACAAAACACAUUUUUUCUCACAGAGGCAGUCAUCAGUAAUAAUUAUAAUUCAAUUUUUUUUCUGCAAUUACAAUAUGCAUUUGUUAAAGAUUGUUUGACAUAUGACACAUUACAUGGGAAUGUUAGGACAGUGGAAAACACUUUUGAAUUGCAGUUGUGUAAUUCUGUAGUCAUAAUAUUUUAUCUUGAUGUUUUCACAGCCUGCCACUGAACCUAAGGCAAAACCCACCAUGUUUCAAAGUGGGAAGACAACUUUCUCAAAGACUACAAAGGCUCCUCCUGCUCUUACACCUUCUGGUCCAGCUUUGAACAAAAGGCAACAGGUGCUUCAAAAACAGGUUAGAGGCAUGUUACCUUCCUUUCUACAGCAAAUGGACAACAUCCGUCUGCAGAGCUUUUCAAGUAACAAGGCCACUCAGAUAGUUUGUACACAGUUACAAGAAGAGAAAUUUUAUGCCUGGCUUUGCAGAUCUUAACUCUUUAACUCCCGCAUAAAAGUUGCAAUUCUCCUUACUGUUAAUCACACAAUUCUUAUAAUGUUAGUUUGGAGAAUUUAGUAUUGGAUCAACUAAUUAUACUCAAAUUGACAUUUUUCUUUAUUCUUAUCACUUAUCUGGUUGAUAUUGUAUAGAUAUUGUAAGGAGAAAUUAUGUCUUGGUCACUCAUGAGAGUGUAAGGGUUAAGUAUAAAUUAACAUACCAUCCUGUUUCUGUCUUUUUUGUUUAAAUGACAGGAAGCUAUGAAAAAGAAGCUUGAAAUUCAGAAACAAAAGCAAGAACUGCUUAACAAGCAAAUUCAAGAACAAAAGGUAUGAAGCUUAAAAUAUUAAUUUUACUGCCUCACUCAAACAAUCACAGCAUACUCAACAGUUACUCUCGGUUUCAAGGCUUUUCUGUGUUAUGUUAUUGUAAGAAAAU